AGUUUGGAAAGUAGUAUUUAUGUUGAGUUGUCUAUGAGUUGUCUGGUUGUCUGAUUUCGUCAGGUCUCACCUAUUUGUCACAAACAGUUGUGUGCACAAUUUAAUGAAUAAUAUUAUACACUGAGCAUCAAUAUAACAUAAACAAUGGCACCACCCCAGAAAGGAAAGGUGGGCACUAAGGGGGCCAAACAGAUUGUAGAGGAGAACAUUUCCACAUUAAAGUUCUACAGAAAUAUGGCCUUGGUUGCAAAUGCAUUAGGCCUGGUAAUAACAUUUUUCUAUAGUUCCACUGCAACAAUUAUUCUGUAUUUGUUCUCUUGCUUGAUUUAUAUUGCCAGUUAUCAAUUCAUGACUUUUAUGUCGAAAGCUACAUACUCAGAGACUGGACAAUUACUAGAUAGUGGAAUUGAUCUAAAUUUGGAGGGUGGAAUCACAGAACAUAUAAAGGAUAUUAUAAUUCUAACAUCUGGAUGUCAAUUGCUUGCCUUGAUCUCCACAUACUUCUGGUGGUUGUGGAUGUUUGCACCAAUUCGUGGCUUCAUGAUUUUGUGGAAGAAUAUCCUUGGACCAUACUUCUUCCAGUCUGCACCUGAAGCUCCUGAAGUCAAUGAAAAGAAACAGAAAAAAAUGGAGAGAAGGAUGAAGAGGAUGCAACAUAUGCAUUAAGUGGUUUUGUUAAGAACAAAGGUAAGGCUGUGGGGUACCUGAACACCAACGUAUUUUCAUUAGAUUUUUUAUCAUCAAAUUGGAUUGUUGGAUCUUGCAUUUGUCUGUUGCUAAAUGAGUUGCA